AUGGCUACCCCCAGUGUCCUCGCCUUUGACGCUGAGGGCAGAGCCAUUGACUUUGACGUGUGGGUAGACGACCUACUGCUUUUCCUACAGUGCGACAGAGCUGACGGACUCUCUCUCUUUGAUCUCACUUCUGGUGCCUCUCCCGCCCCUGCUGCUACUGAGGAUGCCACUGUUCGCUCACAGUGGGCCACACGCGAUGCUGCUGCACAUCUUGCUGUGCGUUGCCACCUCCCUCCCGCUGAGCGUGCGCACUUUGGGUCGUACAAGAGUGCUAAGACCUUGUACGACGCCGUUAUCGCACGCUACUCCACCCCUGCCACUGCUGCACUGAGCCGCCUCAUGCUACCGUACCUCUUUCCCGACCUUGCUGCUUUUGCCACAGUCGCCGACCUCAUUACCCACCUGCGCACUAGUGACGCUCGCUUCCGCGCUGCACUUCCUGCUGAGGACGACCUACUCGCAGUCUGCUCCACCACUCUCACUGUCGAGAUCCUCGAGAAGUCCCUCCUCGCAGCAGAGAAGAGCAUUCUCGCUGUAGGGGCCUCUCGUGGUGACCCGCGCACCCCCAUCUUUGAGGGGUGUUCCCCCUCCCCUCUCCUGCCCUCUGUCGCCUCUGCUGCUACGGCCGACCUUGUUGGUUUUGAGUCGGUCGGAGCGGCGUCUGCCCCCAGCGGGAGACGUCGCUCUGGCAAGAGCAAGGGGGGCAGGGGCGGUGGUGGAGGUGGCGGGGGCGGUGGAGGCGGAGGUAGAGGCAGCGGCGGAGGUGAGGGUGGUAGCGGGAGUAGUGGCGGGAGUGGAGGUGUCGGCGGAGGCGGUGGAGGCGGGGGCGGCAGCGGCGGUGGUAGUGGGGGUGGAGGCGGAGGCGGCGGUGGCGGCGGCGACGGUGGGAGUGGCGGUGGCGGUGGAGGUGGUGGCGGCGGCGGCGGAGGAGGCGGCGGAGGUCGUGGCGCGCCGAGGAGGAGUGGCUCCGGUGGUGGUCAGCGCCAGCAGCAGCAGCGUGGUCAGGAGACCCUCUCCCCGCAGCAGCUCCGUGAGUGGUACUCUGCGCGUCAGCGGGGUGGGGGUACUGGUCCGUGCACUUACGUCCUGCGCACUGGCGACUAUGCGGGUGAGCAGUGUGGUGGUCCACACUCCACCCAGCGUUGCUUCGGCCGCCUGAGUGACGCUUGGCGCCGCCAGUUUCCUGACGCCUCUGAGAUCCCUCGCUGGGACCAGCUGUCUAGGGCUGGAGUAGCUAUCUUUGAUCUUGACUUUGAUGCUAUUCUUGCUGCUAUGUAUGCUGUGACUAUUAGUGAGGAGGGUGACUGUUACCGGUGUUUCCCGCCCGACCCGGGCAUUGGUACUGCGGCUCUAGGUGCUGUUGAGGCUGCUGCUCCAGGUGCUGGUGAGGCUGUUGCUCUACGUGCCAGUGAGUCUGAGUCCUCAGGUGCUGGUGAGUCUGCUCUCUCAGGUACUGUGUCGACUUCACCCUCUCUCACUUUCACUCUUGACUCCGGGGCGUCUCGCUCCUUCUUUCGAGACCGCACCACACUCACGCCGCUUAGUCGACCAGUGGCGGUCUCCUUGGCAGACCCCUCUGGGGGUCCUGUUCUGGCUCGCUACUCCACUGUCCUGCCGUGCCCUGCGGUCCCGUCUGGCGCCCUGUCCGGUCUCUACCUCCCCUCGUUCUCUACGAACUUGGUGGCGGGUGCUGACCUACAGGAUGCAGGGGUUGACCAGUUCACCCCUGCACGCCGACGAGUCACCCACUGCAUGGACGCGGACACGGGUCGACACCUGACCACAUUCACACGUGGUCCAGGGUCGAGCCUGUACACACUCACUGUUCCGUCUCCUCCUCCUGCGUCUGGUCAGGUAGCUGCGUCGGGUCAGGUGUUUGCUGCAGCGUCCAGGUCUGGUCCUGAGUCUGCCCCCUGCUCGUGUCGCCUCCUGUCCCACGAGACCCUCCUGUGGCACCACAGGAUGGGUCACCCCUCCCUGCCUCGUCUCCGGGGCAUGGUCUCUCGCCUUCUCGUCUCUGGCCUUCCCCGGUCCCUCCCUCCCCUUAAUCCGGGGCCUGGCCCUCCCUGUGUCCCCUGUGUCGAGGGUCGCCUGCGGGCUACCCCUCACUCCUCCCCGUUCCCUCCGACGGAGGCCCCGAUGCAAACGCUUCACAUGGACGUGUGGGGCCCAGCCCGCGUCCGUGGACAGGGUCACGAGCGCUACUUCCUGCUGGUGGUUGACGACUACACGCGUUACACCUUAGUCUUCCCCUUGCGCAGCAAGGGUGAGGUCACUGAGGUGUUGAUCGACUGGAUCCGCGCAGCUCGUCUCCAGCUCGGGAAGAGCUUCGGCUCAGACUUUCCUGUUUUCCGCCUGCACUCAGACAGAGGCGGAGAGUUCUCCUCCGGCCUUCUGCGAGCCUACUGUCGGGCACGAGGCAUCCGCCAGACCUUCACGCUUCUGCACUCUCCACAGCAGAAUGGGAUUGCUGAGCGCCGCAUCGGCAUUGUCAUGGACGUCGCCCGUACAUCAACCUUCACCCCAGGGUCUCUCGGCCCGCGAUGUCCCCAGUCUUGA